AGGCGACGUCACCCUUCCAGGAGUGCCCACGUGUGUCAGAGUGCGAAAGGGGGCCACACAGAGGGGGGAGGGGAAGUAUCCGGGGCCCAGCUGAGCCGUCCAGUGACAGUUUAGACUCUGCCACCCUGUGUCCCGGCGCUCGCAAGGCAAUGGAGGGAGCCGGUGGCGGUGAUGCUGGAGGGCCGGCGCCACCAAACCCAGAGCCAGAGGAAGGUCCUGCUGGUGCGGAUGUCGCCUUUCACGAAGAUGAAGAGAUCAUUGAAGUUCUCGAGCUGAAUGAUGCAGAACCAAACCCAGAUGACCUGGCUGAUGAGAUGGAAGAUGUGGAUUUUGCGGAUGAACCCGAGGAUGGAGAAAUGGCCGAUGAGGCGUGGGAGACGGAGGAUGAAGGUGUGGAGGAAGGAACUGAGCCUCAUGAUGACAGUGAACUGACUUACGCUAAACAUACAGGCUCCGUAUUCUGCAUCGGCCUGGAUCCAAAGGACAGCACCCUUGCAGUAACGGGGGGAGAAGACGACAAAGCCUAUGUCUGGAGAAUAAGCGACGGAGAGACCAUUUUGGAAUGCACUGGUCACAAGGACUCCGUCACCUGUGCAGCUUUCAGCCAUGACGCCGCCAUGGUUGCAACCGGAGACAUGAGCGGGCUCCUCAAGGUGUGGAAAGUGGAGGGUGGUCAGGAGAUCUGGUCAUUUGAAGUCGGCGACCUAGAGUGGUUGCAGUGGCACCCCUGCGCCCAUGUACUUCUAGCGGGCACUGCAGAUGGCAACACCUGGAUGUGGAAGGUACCUAGUGGCGAGUGUAAAACCUUCCAAGGACCCGGCUGUCCCGCUACCUGCGGGCAAUUCCUUCCCGAUGGUAAGCAAGCCGUGGUGGGUUAUGAAGAUGGAAGCGUGAGGAUAUGGGAUUUAAAACAAGGGAAUGCAAUACAUGUCCUCAAAGGCACAGAUGGUCAUACCCGUCCUCUGACAUGCGUGUCUUCAAAUGCCGAUGGAAGUCUCGUGCUCACGGGCUCUGUGGAUUGCGAUACAAAGAUGGUGAACACGGCCACUGGAAAGGUGGUCGGUUUAUUCAAGACAGAAAGCAACGUAUCCAAAGCCUCAAGACGAGAAGAUGGGGAGUCCGAGUCUAAUUCUGUGGAGUCUCUGGGCUUCUGCAAUGUGCUGCCCCUGGCAGCAGUCGGUUACCUGGAUGGAACUUUGGCCAUUUAUGAUAUUUCAACACAGACCUUGAGACACCGGUGUCAGCAUGAGUCGGGGAUUGUACACCUCCUCUGGGAAGAGAGCUCUCCGGUGGUGUACACGUGCAGCCUGGAUGGGGCCGUCAGACUCUGGGAUUCCCGCUCAGGGAAAAUGAUCAGCGAAUACUGCGGACACACGGAGGAAAUUCUUGACUUCGCUCUUAAUAAGGAUGCUUCCAUUGUGGUGACCGCAUCUGGAGAUCACAAAGCAAAAGUGUUCUGUGUGCAGAGACCGGACCGUUAACCCCCCGGGGGGGGCCCCCGUCCGCUGUACAGGGCAAUCGUUGGCCCUCUCUUCUCUCUCUCUCUCUGAAAGGCUUGGAGCUGUUAGCUGUCUUCUUUACUUAUAUGUGUGGAUGCAAUUUAAUCUCUACAGACUGGCGUAUGUGGAUGCGCAUGUACAUGUUCACACUAACUUGGGGAGGAGAAAAAGAGGGUCCCUUUUUUUAAAAGCCGCAAGACCCAAAUGACAUCAUUUUUUCCAUAGACUGGCCUGUUGUAUAAAGAGGCGUUACCAACAAUUCAUGGAGAAAUCCUUCCACGUAUUUUCAGGGCGAUUUUUCAAGAACGGAGGAUACUUAAAGCCGCCAUGGUGGUGUAGUGGGGGGGGCUGUACUUCAAACAAACGGCUGACUUCCUGUUCUGUAGGAACAACCAACUGUUGGUUUUUACAGGAGCCAACGCAGAGCAUUGGGUUAUAUAAUGCAAAGAUCUCAAUCUCUAUACUGGAAUGGGCAUUUUUUUUUUUUUUUACAUACGUAACCGGGAGUGUUACUAGUCACUAUUUCAUGUAAUGCUCAUAACCUUUUUUCUUUUUCUUUUUUUUAUGGGGGCACAUUGGCGAUUUAAUGACCAUGUUUUAAAGGUACCCUGAUCAGAGGUGUUUUGUUAAAGUGUACCUGUCAUUUGAUUAACUAGAUCAGCUUUUAGUGAUACAUUUAUGCUCUGAGAAAUGCAAAUGGCCAAUCUCCACUGUGAUCGAUAAAUAUAAUUAUUGCUUUCUGUUUGGAUUUAUAAUCUGGAACCCGAUUCCCAGUGCCUCUGUCGUUCAAAUAAAAUGUCUAGGUGUGCCCGGACGUCCGUAGAAA